UGUUCCGUGUUCGUUCCUUCGCUCUUCCUUCAAGCCGCCGUGCCGUUUGUUCACGUGGUUUAUAGCGUCUGGUUUAACAAUGGGCUUCGGUGAUCUGAAAACCUCAGCAGGCCUUGUAGUCUUAAACGACUUUCUGUCGGAUAAGAGCUAUAUCGAGGGCUAUGUACCUUCCCAGGCUGAUGUCGCUGUAUUUGAUGCCCUGUCUGGCGCGCCAUCUGCAGACCUCUGUCACGCCCUUCGCUGGUACAAACACAUCAAGUCUUACCAGAAAGAGAAAGCCAGCCUCCCAGGUGUGAAGAAGCCCCUGGGUCAGUAUGGUCCUGCUGGUGUGGAGGACAAGACUGGUGGUGCUGCUCCUGCGAAAGAAGCAGAGGAUGACGAUGACAUCGACCUGUUUGGUUCUGACGAAGAGGAGGAUGAGGAGACCACAAGAAUCAAGGAGGAGAGACUAGCGGCAUACAAUGCAAAGAAGUCCAAAAAGCCAGCCCUUAUCGCCAAGUCCUCCAUCCUUCUAGACGUCAAACCUUGGGAUGAUGAAACGGAUAUGUCCAAGCUUGAGGAGUGCGUUCGCAGCAUUGAGUUGGACGGUCUGGUUUGGGGCCAGUCCAAAUUCGUGCCUGUCGGCUACGGCAUUAAGAAGCUGCAGAUUGCAUGUGUGGUGGAAGACGACAAAGUUGGAACCGAUCAGCUGGAGGAGCUGAUCACCGCUUUCGAGGACUACGUGCAGUCUAUGGACGUGGCAGCUUUUAACAAGAUUUAAAAAAAAAAAAAAAAACUGAACGUGAAAACGCUUUGCACAAUAAAAUAGCACUUGUAGUUGC